AUGAAUCCAAACAUUAAUCUCAUUGAGCAAUUCAAAACUCACCAUUCUCGUUCACGUUCCGCUUUCCCUAUUCCACAGAAGCCGUCAAUGAUGAAGAGGGAAAUCUGUGAACGCGGCCAUUCUAUUGAUGGUAUAGGGAAAAAGAUGGGUUUUAUCGAACCAGAAGGUGUUAUCGUCAGUGGUAAGGAGUCCGGGCAGGAAGAUACGGAGUUUAAAGGUAAUCAGAAGAUGUCGUUAACUGACAUGUUGAACUCCGAUAUCAGUGUGACUGAGAUGAAAAAAUUUCAGCGAAACGUUAUCUAUGCUCUUAAUCGACUCAUGAAAGAAGCAGAAAUGGAAAAUGACAAGAAUUUCCACCGACAAAAUAGCCUUCCUGUGUAA